AUGGCUGUUUCAUUUCCGCUUCUGAAGCUGCAAGAGAUGGUGGCAUUCUUAUUGGAGCUAUGCAUAAAUCAGGUUCCUAUGAUUAUGAACGCUAUCUGGCUCCCCUCCCCUCCCCGCUGCUUUCAGAUGGCUACUAGUGCUCCUGACAUGGUGGAGAAGCGAUUACCUGAAAGCAAAGAGGAGGGUAUGCAGGUACCGGUCAUUAUCAUAGGAAUCCUAGAAAGUUGCAUAACCGCCAACUUCAGUUGUGGAGUGGCCAAUGGCUGA